GUCACUGGUACACUCAAGAGUGUCCGUUUAAUUCCGUUUCCCGCCGCAGAGGGCAGCACUAGUGCGUAACUUGCAUAUCGCGGCUAAAAAAGAUGAUAGACCGAUAAUGUCCUUAAUAUUUGGAUCUGAUAAAAUACCGGCAAUGAUUAGUUGACAAGACCGGUCAGGGAGCAAUAAUCCGAAGAUAAGAUCGGAAAUUUUUAAUAACUCGAGUGUACUAUCACGCUCUAAUCAGUCGUCGAGUUGUAGCCACAGUGUAAAGUAUAAGAAAAAAAAGAAAACUUGUCUUAUUGACAUGUCAAACUUGACACCAAAUGAGCCAACGACAUCCAGUAACAAUGGUGAAGGUCACCCGAUUUCGGAGGCCGACACGGAGUCGUUGAAUAAGGCAAGUUUUUGCAAGAUAAAGAAAAAUAAUAGAUCUGUCGAAAUUACAGAAUAUAUCUGUAAGAUAUACGUAUGAUAUACUUUGCAUAUAUUUUGCACGUUUAAGUAAGAAUUAUUUAUAAGCGUUACGAUAAAGCUUUCUUUUGCAAUACUUUAAAUAUACCACUUUCAUAGAUAAUAAUGUUAACAGACAUUUCCAACAUUUUUCGACGACCUAGAAGAGUAAAAUGUUUAACAAAAAAAGUUCGGCCAUGAGCGAUUUCUUUAUAAGUAUUUCCCCUCGACUCGAACGUUCAGUAUUUCCGCUUAGCUGUGAUAAGAAACAGUGCUGAUAAACUGCACAAGUCGUGGAAAAUUAAACUUUCCCGAAUUGUUUGUUAAAAAUAAAUAUUAAACAUUACUUUAGAGUGGUUGAAAAUAUGCCGUGUUUCCUUGUGAGUAGUUUCGAUAUGGAAUAAAUUCUCUUAAAUAAGAAUUAAAUGUUCUUAAAUUCUCUAGGGUUUCCUUUAAAUGACCGUAAGAUUCUCGGUAAGAUUGAAAUGCAAAAAAAUCCGAAGAAUUACUAAACGCCACGCAUGUACCUCGCAGUGACCCGAAUGCACAUCUCGGAGAUCCUUCCACUGUACGUUUACUCGAGAUAGACAUAUCCCCUCUUUUAAAAUCAGGUUCCGACGUUGGUAUUUGUGUCUCGUAGUUACUUUCACGUCGUUCCGAAUGCUCGUCACCGACGCUACUUCUCUGCGAGUCGAGGAGCUAAAGUCGAAGGAGUCGCGCUGCGUAAAAGUUCUUUCCGAAAAUCCCGCAAGGGCUGCGCCAGAUGUCGCCAACGUCGCUCGUUUUCCCGCAAGAACAUAUUCCGCAUUAAUUUCCGCCUCGUGGUUGUGUUUCGAGUUGUUUUUAACAAGUGCAUUGGGUCCCCCAGUGUCAGUGGAAUAUUUCGGUCUAGUUUUUUCCUAGGGUUAUUUUACCUCGUGCCUAGGGGACACGUCAUGGUGGAACGCGGAAACCAAGUCAAGACUUAUAAAUAUCCCAAGUCCGUAUUUUUCAUCGUUGGCAAUGAGUUCUGCGAAAGGUUCUCUUAUUAUGGCAUGCGAGCGGUCCUGGUGCUUUACCUCGUCAAUAUUCUCAAAUAUAGCAACGACACGUCCACCGUGAUAUAUCAUGCAUUUUCCAUGCUCGUAUAUUUUUUCCCAUUAAUCGGCGCUAUGUUAGCCGACUCAGUACUUGGCAAAUUCAAGACAAUAAUGUAUCUGAGCAUUGUCUACACAAUUGGGCAGCUUCUUUUGUCCGCAAGUGCAGCUCCUCCUCUGGGAAUCCCAGCAAGGGAAUUCUCCAUAUUAGGCCUGAUCCUCAUAGCUCUUGGGACCGGAGGCAUAAAACCUUGCGUGGCGGCAUUUGGAGGAGACCAAUUUGUUCUCCCACAACAAGAACAACAGCUCACCAUGUUCUUUUCGCUCUUCUACUUCGCCAUUAACUCCGGCUCUUUGCUCUCCACUUUCGUCACUCCGAUAUUCAGAAACGACGUGGCAUGCUUCGGAGACAAUAGUUGUUACUCCUUGGCUUUCUUUGUGCCUGCGGUCCUUAUGGUAUGCUCAAUUGUUACCUUCGUACUGGGAAAAUGCUUGUACACUAUCAAAGCCCCCGAAGGGAAUGUCGUGCUUAAUGUAACUAAGUGCAUCUCGCAUGGAAUAUAUAAGAAAUUCAAGUCGAAGAAGGUGAGACAGCACUGGUUGGAUCAUGCCGAUGACGAAUAUGACACGAAGCUCAUCGAAGACAUCAAAGAGUCUCUUCGGGUUUUGACGUUGUUCAUCCCCUUGCCUUUCUUCUGGGCUUUGUUCGAUCAACAAGGAUCCAGAUGGACCAUCCAGGCUACGAAGAUGAAUGGUCAGAUGGGAGACUUCGUUCUAAAGCCAGAUCAGAUGCAGAUGGCUAACCCCCUGCUUAUUCUCAUCUUCAUCCCAAUCUUCGAAUCAUGUCUUUAUCCAGUAUGCGCGAAAAUUCAUUUUAUUAACACUCCGUUAAGGAAGAUGACCGUCGGUGGACUAUUGGCAGGACUUGCAUUUGUGGUCUCCGCACUUGUGGAACUUCAACUCGAGAAAACUUAUCCUAUAAUGCCUUCUCCAGGAGUGGCUCAGCUGAGGGUUUUCAAUCCUCUCAACUGCAACGUCCCGAUCAUGAUUGGCAACGAGAGUUUUACAUUGGAAGCUCUGAAUUUCCACGAAAGACACGUCGAGACUGAGAAUACAGUCAACCUGAAUUACACUGCCAAUUUCGCAGCCUGUAGCUACGCUGGACUCUCCGACUUGUCCGGAAAAGUUAACGGAGUUCUUAGUGGAACGGAGGCAAAUGCAACGUCAUGGGCUGUUACUCGCACUGGUAUCGACUACAAUUACAUUGACGCUGUCAAUAAAACAGGAUCAGGAAAUCCUGGAGUUAGAGUUUUAGUGUACGUCGACAAAAGUCUCAAAGGCAAACCUAAUAACCUGAGUAUAAAGUCAAACGCACAGUCGAUACUGGACUUCAAAGUUAACCCCACUUUCGAGGCGUCCCAUAUCAUGGAAGUGGAUCCAGGGAUUUAUGAUAUUUAUCUAAACAACGCCGCAGUGAAGAAGUCUGUCUCGCUAAAACUUGGAGGCGUCUACACCAUUGUUGGAUAUAUGUCCGAUAAAGCAAUGUUUGCAAAUGUUACUACUGUUACGCAACCCAAUUCGUUACACAUGAUGUGGUUACUGCCUCAGUACGUGAUCAUAACGAUGGGAGAGGUUAUGUUCUCAGUAACAGGACUGGCUUUUGCGUUUACUCAAGCUCCGGUUAGCAUGAAGUCUCUUUUGCAAGCUGGAUGGUUAUUGACGGUAGCUUUCGGCAAUUUGAUAGUGGUUAUCAUUGCCGAAGGAGCUUUCGUUAGUAGUCAGGCCAUGGAGUUCUUUUUGUUCGCCGGUCUCAUGUUCGUGGACAUGUUAAUAUUCGGUCUGAUGGCGAUGGCUUAUAAAUAUGUGGAAUUGCCAGCAGAAGAUGAAUUGAACGGAGACAUCCCCAUCCCGCUGGAGAGUAAACAAGGGAAUGAAAAUAAAUCAUUUGCAUCAGACGACGAGAAGUGACGAGAUUAAAUUGACUGCGAUAAACUUUUGGAGCUUGACUUCACCCGAAGCAAAUGAAAUUUAUAUUAAGCGCUGUGAAAAACGAGAGCCGAUUUAAUAUUGCCAGUCGAGCUUUUACAAAGCAGCUAAGGAUCGUCGAAGAUUUGCGCACCUUGGGAAAUUGAUCUUUCCCAUUAGAAUCAUGUUUGUAAAUUUCUGCAUUUGUAUAUAGUCUACUUAUAUAUUACUUAGUUUGUAUUAUUUGUAUAUUAUGCCACUUAUCGAGCCUGAUAAGACGAUUAUGCAUUUAAGAGUAUAUUAGAAUGAAUGCGCGAGGUAUAACCUGUUUAUAAACUUACUUUUCUCACGAAACGAACUCCAGUAGUUUCGUAAUUAUAUUUUUGUUAAAAACUU